GCCGGUAGAGUGAAGUAUUUGGAAAAGUAGUGUCCGUGGGAGCACUGCACACGGAGGAGAGCAGAGACUUUGGGAUAUUUAAACACGACUUUGAAAUUAAGUUGUGUGGAAAUAUGGAGCUCUGUCGGGUCUACUUCUUUUUGUUUUUAUUUAUUAACCACUUUUCAACCAGCCUGCAGUCGAAAGAACAAGUUUUACUGGAUAUGAGCGUCUCGGGCUCAGAGUUGGGCUGGUUGACUUUGCCAUAUGAGAACGGAUGGGAGAUUGUCCAGACAGUGGUGAAUGGCUCACUUCUUUACACCUACAGUGUUUGCAGCAUAGACUCUACUGAACAGGAUAACUGGCUACGCACAACGUUCAUCCAGCGGCGACCGGGAACCUCACGUGUGUCUGUGGAGCUUGGUUUUGUUGUACGAGACUGCAACACUUUUGAAGGGGCUUCUGUUGCCUGCAAAGAAACCUUCAACCUUUACAUCUCGGAGGCCGAUGCCGAUGUUGGCACAAACUUCCGUAAAGGCCAGUUCAAAAAAGUAGCCACCAUCGCUCCUGAUGAGGUCACACGGGGUCGGGUGCUCAAGGUCAACAGGGAAAUAAGAUCAGUGGGGCCUCUGUCUAGAAGGGGCUUCUACCUAGCUUUUCAGGACAUGGGUGCCUGUGUGGCGCUGCUGUCUGUCAGAGUGUACUACAAAACGUGCCCUUCCACGGUGCAGAGCUUGGCGGCCUUCCCAGAGACCGUGGCUGACGCCCUCACAAAGGUGGAGGGAGCCUGUGUGGAGAAUGCUGUAAGCCAGACCACCCCCAGCAUCUACUGCUCAGCUGAGGGCGAAUGGGUGGUUCCCGUGGGCCAGUGCCAAUGUCUCGCAGGCUACGAAACCACAGGGGACUCCUGCCAAGUGUGCAAACCAGGCUACUUCAAGCCUUCUGUAUCAAGCCAGUUAUGUCAGGUUUGUCCUGAUAACACCAAGCCCUCCACAGCCGGCGCAACUGAGUGUCAAUGUGAGGAUGGUUUCUUCCGCUCCCCUUCUGAUUCUCCUACAUCAGCCUGCUCUGCCCCACCCAGUGCCCCUCGUGACUUGAGCUCCACCACCCUUUCAGCAGAGGGCAGGCUGCAGCUAUCCUGGAGCCUGCCGCUGGUGACUGGGGGCCGCAGUGACCUCAGCUACAGCGUGGUGUGUGAGCACUGUGAAGGCACCUCGUGUGUUGCCUGUGGCGAGAAGAUCCGUUUUGAGCCAGGUCCUACUGACCUGCGGGACACCACGGUCGUUGUCAGUGAACUUGAUUCUCAUCUGAACUACACGUUCACUGUGGAGGCUCACAGCGGUGUGUCACAGUUUGGUACUAAGAGGCCCGCUGCAAGCAUCACCACCGCUCUAGACUACACAGAUCCCCCCAAGGUGACGUUGAUCCAUCUGGAUGAUCGCAGCCCCACCAGUCUGUCUCUGUCCUGGACUCUGUCUCGCAGGCCUCCAGCCCACAUCAAUCACCGCUUUGAGCUCAUGUACCGCAGAAAAGAUGAUGAUGGUGAACGUGAUGUGACCACCUACACAGUCCUGAUUUUGGAGAAAAGUUCUGUCCUGAUUAAUGACCUCACCCCAGACACCACUUACAUGUUCAGAGUCCAGGCCAUAAGUCCUGAAGGCAACCCGGGAAGCUACAGCACGGAGCACGAGUUCAACACUUCACCAUUAGCUGAGUCUCGGGUCCAAAACAACUCCACCAUGGUCAUGGCAGCUGUAGUAGGAGUUGCUGUUAUUCUGCUUGUCGUGGUCGCUGUACUUCUACUGCGUAAACGGAGAUUAAGCAUGCGUGGCAGAGGAGGCCCUGAAGACCCCUACUUCUCAACAGAUUUUUCCUCCCUAGAUCAACUCAAGCCUCUGAAGACUUACGUUGAUCCACACAUGUAUGAAGACCCUAACAUUGCCAUCCACAAGUUUGUCACAGAAAUUGACCCCAAUGCCAUCAGCAAACAAAAAGUCAUAGGAGUUGGAGAGUUUGGGGAAGUGUUUCGUGGCGUGAUGAAGGCUCCUAGCCGAGGGGAGUUUGCUGUGGCGAUAAAGACCCUGAAGCCAGGGUACUCAGAGAAACAGAGGCAGGACUUCCUGAGCGAGGCCAGCAUCAUGGGUCAGUUCUCGCACCCAAAUAUCAUCCACCUGGAGGGAGUUGUCACCAAAUUCAAGCAUGUCAUGAUAGUGACGGAAUACAUGGAGAAUGGAGCUCUUGACACAUACCUGAAGGGCCGUGAUGGAGAGAUCCCAUCAUAUCAACUAGCGGGGAUGCUGCGUGGAAUAGCUGCUGGGAUGAAAUACCUCUCUGACAUGAAUUAUGUCCACCGAGACCUCGCAGCAAGAAAUGUCUUGGUUAACAGCAACCUGGAGUGUAAAGUGUCUGAUUUCGGCCUGUCGCGUGUUCUCGAGGAUGACGCUGAGGGCACGUACACAACAAGAGGAGGUAAAAUCCCGAUUCGCUGGACCGCCCCUGAGGCCAUUGCAUACAGGAAAUUCACCUCAGCCAGCGAUGUGUGGAGCUUCGGUAUCGUUAUGUGGGAAGUCAUGGCAUUUGGAGAACGGCCCUACUGGGACAUGAGCAAUCACGAGGUCAUGAAGGCGAUCAAUGAGGCCUUCAGGCUUCCUGCUCCAAUGGACUGUCCCUCUGCUGUCUACCAGCUCAUGCUCCAGUGUUGGCAGCACGACCGCUCCAAACGACCUCGCUUCACAGACAUCGUCAACAUGUUGGACAAAUUGCUCAGAAGCCCAGAGUCUUUGAAAACCAUUGCUGACUUUGAUCCACGUGUGUCCAUCCGCCUGCCCAGUACCAGCGGAUGUGACGGCACCAUGUUCAGGUCGGUGCCUGAGUGGCUGGAUUCCAUCAAAAUGAGCCAGUACAACGAAAGCUUUGCCCGUGCUGGGAUCACAACCAUGGAGCAGGUGCUCGCCUUGAGGCAUGAAGACAUCAGAAAUAUUGGAGUGCGGCUGCCCGGUCACAUGAAGAGGAUAGCAUACAGCAUCCUGGGUCUGAAAGAUGAGACCAGCUCUCUCAGCGUGUUUGCUGUGUGAUCUAAGCAUUCCUUCAAAUCAAAGUGCACUGACCGACCAUGCCAUUUCACUCGAGGACGAGGAGGACUUUUGUGGGGGUGAGGGGGGGGGGAUGAAACUGAGCUGUGCUGCAGGUUUUUUUACCUCCUCUGUGACACUGUGUGGAACGACUGAAGAGACACUCCAAGCCACUCAGAGAGGACUGAGAUUAAAAACACUUAUGUACUUUAUUAUAACAGAGGAGAAAUCAUUUAUCUUUGUGAACCAAUGGACUAUAUGUUGAACAUAAAAAACUAUUUGUGAUAUAGUAAAUGAAACCAUUGUAAAAGUAAGUGUAAAAUGUUAGACGAUGUGGUAGUCCUUGUCCUGCGUUGCCUGAAUGACUGAUGAAACAUUUUAUGCUCUUCAUGAGUAAGAGCCUUUUCUUCCAAGCACUCACUUUAUUCUGCCAGUGUUCCUGGAUCCUUAAAGAUACUUUUUCUACAUUAUUGUGAUUAAUGAGACUUUCUUUUACAUUUGGAAAGAUUAUUAUACUCAGGGCAAAGAAUCACACAUUCUUAUGUUUAAUAGUUAGUCUCUGUAUCACAAUUGUUUUCCUCAAAUCGUUUGUUUGUUUACAUCAUGUCUUAAUACAAAUGUUCAUUUUAUUUAAUAUUUAUUUUGUUUUAUAUUUAUGUCAUUUGUUACAUGAGAAAUAUAUCCUAAAUUUAUACCAGGUGGUGUAUUUUGUGUUUAAAUAAAAUCAGUGUUGCCUUACAAAUGAA